CCAUCAUACUGCUUCCAUGAGGGGAAAAGUGCUGCAUUUGUACCUCUCGAGUAGAUGCUACCCUGGUGGGUGUGGGCGAGGAAAUGUUUCAAUCCAACGUCAUAGUCCUGGUAUGGACUGAGAUUUAAAAUGCCCUUUAUGAGCAGUUUCCCUCUUCGGAAGGACAAGGAAGGGAAGCAUGAGACUCCCUUUGACUCCCGACGGAGAUGCCAGCAAAGAGUUAAGGGGAGAGAGACAUGGAUCCUAGAGAGGGCAAAAAGGAUCGUGAUUGGCCACACUCUCUUCCUGCCCCGCCCACUUCCCCGGGAAAGAGGAGGACUCCGGGAUCAUUUGGGGGAGCCCCGCGGUGUGUUUAUUUGGAGGGGAGUUUUGGAGGAUGGAUGGAUGGUCAUAUAGGGCUAGAACAGUUCCUGCUGCAGGGACCAGUCUGUAGGAUAAAACAACUCCAGCCUUCUUGGAGGCUGCCUUUGGAGCAUGGAAUUAGAGAUGGAAAUGCAAGACUCAGGUGUUCCAGAGACCAUCAAGGCUGGGAGCGGUGAGGAAUUCUGGAAAAGGGCUCUGCAGGAAAUUCUGCUGAAUGAGGACACGCUCCCUUCAGAUGUACAGCGCCAGCGCUUCAGGCAGUUCCGCUACCAGGAGGUGGAGGGCCCCCGACAGGUUUGCAGGCAACUCCACCACCUUUGCCAUCAGUGGUUCAAGCCAGAGCAACACACAAAAAACCAGAUCAUGGACCUUGUGAUCCUGGAGCAGUUUCUGACCAUCCUGCCCCCCGAGAUGGAGAGCUGGGUGAGGGAAUGUGGAGCGGAGACCAGCUCCCAGGCGGUGGCCUUGGCAGAAGGUUUCCUCCUGAGCCAGGCAGAGGCCAAGAAGCAGGAAGAGCAGCAGGUGCAGGGGCCAUUAGCAGAAGCAAACCCCAAUGUUUCUCCGGCAGAGAAGACUCUAUCAGACACCAGACUGAAGCUGCUGCACGGAGGAAGCUCUCAGGAGGAUCAUGCAGAUUCCACCUCACUGGUUCAUGAAACACUACUGGAAGUGUUGACAAGCUCAUGGCUCCCCUGUGUGGAUGAAGAAACAGCUUCUACCCAACCAGAUCAGGGUGCCGUGUCCUUUGAGGAGGUGGCUGUGCACUUCACGGAGGAGGAGUGGGCUCUGCUGGAUGCAGACCAAAGAGCCCUGCACAGAGCAGUCAUGGAGGAGAAUAGGCAGAAUGUGGCCUCUCUCGCAGGUGGUUGGUGGAAAAGCAAGACUGAAGAAGAAGCAUGCAGAUCAUUGGUGGAAAGAGCGAGAUGUAAAAAGGAAGGACAAUGGAGAAAAGCAACCAAAUUAAACCAGGAAAAGAAGAAUGAAUUUCCUCCUGCACAUGUUGGUGACUGCCAAGAAACAACAAUCCAAGCAAAAGUAGAGAAGGGGAAGCAAAGGAGGAAGCACCUCUCAUGUGAGAAAAGCCUUGGUUGUAAACCACAGCUUAAAUGUCAUUGGAGGAUGAACAGAGCGGAGGAGAUUUUUAAGUGUCUGGAGGGUAGAAAGAGCUUCAGUCAGCACACAGACCUUAUUAAACCUCAAAGAACUCACACUGGAGAGAAACUAUAUAAAUGUAGAGAAUGUGGAAAGAGUUUCAGCUACAACUCAGAGCUUGAGAGACACGUAAGAAUUCACACAGGAGAGAAACCGUUCAGAUGCUUGGAGUGUGGAAAGAGUUUCAGUCGUAGCUCAAAUCUUAGAGAACACCAAGGAAUUCACACAGGAGAGAAACCAUUUAGAUGCUUGGAGUGUGGAAAGAGUUUUAAUUGGAACUCAAAUCUUAAGAAACACCAAGGAGUUCACACAGGAGAGAAACCAUUUCGAUGCUUGGAGUGUGGAAAGAGCUUCAAUCAGGGUUCCCAUCUUAGAGAACAUCAAAAAAUUCACACCGGAGAGAAACCAUUUCGAUGCUUGGAGUGUGGAAAGAGCUUCAGUUGGAGCUCAAAUCUUAAGAAACACCAAGUAAUUCACACAGGAGACAAACCAUUUAAAUGUCUGGAGUGUGGAAAAGGUUUCCUCUGGAGCUCAGCUCUUAGAACUCAUCAAAGAAUUCACACAGGAGAGAAACCAUUUAACUGCUUGGAGUGUGGAAGGAGCUUCCGUCGGAGCUCACAUCUUACACAGCAUAAAAGAAUUCACAUGUGAAAGGAUAUACAUGUUUGUAACAUAGAUAGAGCUUUCUUCUCUCUUCUCCUUCCCAAAGAUGGAGAGUGGAGCAGAGACCCUCUAGCCCAGGGAUUCUCAGCAUUGGUUCCCCGGGUUUUAUUGGACUUCAACUCCCAUGAUCCCCAGCCCCAGUGGUCUUUAGUUGGGGAUUAUGGGAGUUGACGUCUAAUAACAUCUGGGGACCCAAUGUUGAGAAUUCCUGCUCUAGCCAAUACUCUCCUCUUUCCCCACUUCCGAAAGAAGAAGAGUGGUGACAGAGAAGUUGCUGUGGUUUCUGUGGUGGGCAGCACCUGUACAGAGCACGCACCAGCAGAGUGGAGAAAAGGCAUGAUGUCAUGGGGCAGGUCAGGCAAGAGGUAAGAGAGGCAGGCAUAGAUAUGGGGUAUGCCCACAGAAGUUUCUGCUCCCCAGUCACUGCCCCUGCCUAGCUUCAUAAUAAAUGUGUAGCACGUAAAGCUUAUGGUCUGAGAUAAUUUGGAAUGACUCUGUUUUGAAAGGAGUAGACUUGGAAAUUUAGUUGCUGGUAACGUCGCACUAAAACGUCUGUUCCCCAGCUGAAGAAUGUUGCUGGCAUUCUCCGUGCUGUGUUCCAAGGCAGUGAACACUCUCCUUGCUGCUCAAGUUAGUUUCUGUGAACGGGAAGCCAACUGGAUCCCCCUGGAUGGGAAGCCAAAGGACUGGAUCCCCCUGGUGCUGCACAGAGGCAGCUGCUCCCAUCGUAGCCAUCCCCGCCUAGUUCCUCCUCACAUCUCCAGGGCCAGGCAGGCCCCUUCUAUUGGCCCCAGAGUCCACAGGGCCAGCUGGGCAGGCAUGUGGGGAUGUUGAGAAGGCUCACAGGGACACUACCCAUCCCAGAUGGCCCACACAAUUUCCCAGCCAGUUCCAUGGGCCCCUGUGAUACCGGAAAUGUGAGGAACAGCCAGGGAAUGGCCCACUCUGGGAACAGCUGCCUCCACCUAGCCCCAGGAGGGGGGUUCAAAUUCCUGGGAAUGGAGUCCGAUGCAGAGCCCUGAGGGGUACAUUGAAAUUAGCAACUAUUGGGGAGGCCCAGAAUAUCUACCACGAAGCACUGGCGAGUCUGAAAUGGCAAUGAGAGGAGUCUAGUUUGUUUUUAAAUAAGAUAUUUCCAAGAGAAGAUGUACCUAAGGAAAUGUUGUUAAUAAUACAAUAUGAGGUAUCUUUUUUUGUUUACAUGCCAAACAGUUCCCUCCUAUUUAUUUCUGUUUUUUAAAAAAUGCAUACUCUGCCUCAA